AUGAGACAGAGAUGCUGGCUAGAGUUAGUGAAGGAUUAUGAUUAUGAAAUCCUUUAUCACCCUGGCAAGGCCAACGUAGUUGCUGAUGCCUUGAGCAGAAAGGAGCGAAUCAAAGAAGUACAAAUGCAAGAUCCAAAAUUGGUGAAAACCCGAGCUAGGGUUUCGGCUGGGAAAGCUAGUGAUUUCUCAGUCGAUGAAAUGGGAAUGUUGAGAUUCGCAAAUCGUGUUUGUGUGCCCAUGGAUGAGAAUAUCAAAAGAGAGGUCAUGAAUGAGUCUCAUACGACUCCUUAUUUAGUUCAUCCAGGGUCAAAGAAGAUGUGUCAAGACCUGAAAGCAAUGUUUUGGUGGCGAGGCAUGAAGAAUGACGUUGCUGAGUUUACAAAGUCAGCACACUUCUUACCUGUUCAGACGAAUUUCUCCAUUGACCAGUAUGCUAAGUUAUAUGGUAGAGAAACUGUUCGUCUUCAUGGAGUCCCAAAGUCCAUUGCUUCGGAUAGAGAUUCGAAGUUUACAUAA